UCUUCCCACAAGGAAACCCACGUCACCGAUAUAUUAACCCUACACCGCAAUUAAAGAUGAUGCUCGAUGCGAUAAUCCAGAUCGGCCCAGAUGGCUCCAGGGACGAGGAACUUUGCACGUUGCUGCGCGCGCACACCCUUGCAGCGGAGCAGUCGAAGAACUGCCGCAGUAGCAAACUCAUCGCCGCCGUCGAGCAAGCGGUCGCCUCCAACCCCGAUCUGCUGACUCGAGACGAACAGGGCAACACCUGGCUCGCCGUAGGCGACGAUCGAUGGUCGGCCGGGCGCUUCGAAGCCGUCACCAUCGCGGACCUGCGCGAGCGCGCGAGGCAAGCACGGGCGGCGGCCUCGCCCUCCCCAGGCGCACCGACGCCCCGCCUGCGAAUGUGGGUGCUCGGCGGGGCGUCCAUCGCCACCGACAUUGGCACCCUGCAGGCCACCGCCGGGGACGGGGCGCUCUUCCAGGUCGCGUCGCAGUUCAACUGCCUCGAGUCCCCAGACGCCUGGCAGCUGGCGCCCGUGCGCAACUACGUCCACGACUACACGCAGGGCCCGCGCGCCGCCGUGGGCGCCUUCCCCGCCACGCUGCUUCGUCACUACCGCGCCCCCGGCGCAGACGGGCAGCCGUUCGUCCAGACGACGGACGGCAGCCAGCUCGACCUGCUGGACGAGGCCGUCGACCCGUCGCUCGGGGGCCGGCACAAUGGGUACUUUGACGGCCACCGGGCACGCGACGUCGCCGCCAUCGUGGAUGCGCUGCGCAGCAACCAAGACAAGAUCAAGGUCGGUGUGCAGACCGAGGCAGAGGUCGUGCUCGGCGCGGACUGGUACGGCACCGUGCAGGGCCGGCCCCGCAUCGCGCAGGUCUUUACGUCGACCGUCGCGGGCGGAUCUUAUGGCGGCGAGCGGGCCUUUGGGGACCAAUUCCCGUCCGUCUGUGCGAUGCUGCUCCGCGCCGCCUACCGCGGCACCCUGUUGGCUGCGGCGGCGGGUGGGCAGCGAAAGGUGGUGCUGACGCUGAUUGGGGGUGGCGUCUUUUCGAACGACCUGGGAGCCAUCUGGACGGCCAUCACGGAGGCGGUCGAGCAUGUUGAGCCUCUGCUGAGUGGUGAUAUGGAUGUGUUUGUAAAUGUGCGGGAGCUGCGUCCCUUGGCCCGCGCGCUACCUGCCGACGAGCCGCUGAGGACGGUGCAGCGGUGGGGAGGCGCUGUGAUACAGUUUGAGCGGCGGUCUGACCAAGUUGUCAUUGAGCGGUGAGCGCCAAUGAGUUGAGGCAAAUGGUACUCUUUUCGGUAUGCUGGUCACAUAUCCAUCCUUCACAAUCAGGGGCCAUAAGCGCUAUCAUAUGCGUCUCAUCUCUACUUUCUCGUGUGACAGCCUCGAGAUAUAUUGUCUUGUUCACAAUACUUGUCAAAUUAUAUUCGGCCAACUGCUACUAUUAGGGAACGCAAAGGAGUAAAAGCUAUUUCACUAUAGACUCAAGUUAAAUAGUCAUAUACCCGCAGCGUCUGGCCACCAAGAGCGACACAAACGUCAUGCCUGAAACAGCACUCCUUUCGUCUUUACAACCUCCUUCUUGCCCCU